UGUUUGGUGAUAUGGAGCAGAAGUCACAAAACAACUUAAAUUGGGACAGUCAAUACAUGGGUCCCACUGGAAUUUCACUUCUGAAGCGACCUAAAAUAAAGUGUUUUAAUAGUCUGUGAUACAUAUGGAUUUUUAAAACUUUACAGUACUUUUUUCUUGAAUGCUUCAGGUAAUUUUGAAGAGUAAGUUGUCAUUUCCUUUUCUGUUUUUCAAGCUGGUUUUAAUCUAAAGCCAUGUAAAUUUGUUCUCCCCUUCCUAGUGCGUUAUAAAUUGCAAAAAUAAACAGUGGUUUAAGUGUGUUCCUGGUAGAUUUUCUUCACUUCUGACAUCUUUGUUAACUGAAUGUGCUGAAUGAGAGAAGGAAAUAUUUUCUCUGUACCUGCCCAGAAGCUGAAGGAUUAAACAAAAUUUUGAAAGUAUUUAAGAAAUACAUUCAUUACUUUAUCCCUUUAUGUUAUGGGCAAAUUAAAUUAACAAGGAUGAUGUUGAAGUGCAGAGUUUCCAAAAAUAAUAUGGGAAAGGCUUCUGUAGUAUUGUGUUGAAAUAAUUAUGUGUGCAUGCAUUUUGAAAAGCUCCUGAGAUGGUUUGGCAUCAAGGUCUUAAAAACAAGCCUUUACACUUCAUCUGCUAGGAAAAACCAAAUACAGCCCUCUGGACUUCUGAAUGCUGUAUGGUAAAAAAAAAAAAAAAAAUUCUGUGUCAUUCCACCUAAGAUAACAAUUGCUUUUGUAGUGGCUUUCAUUCUUUAAGAAAGUGGCGGAGUUCUAAUCCUGGAAAAUUUUGACAGUGAAGCUAUUCCUUCUUCCUAAUCAAUUUGUAUCAAAACACAUUUCUGUUAAAAAAUACAUUUAAAGUUAUAUAGUUAGCAGCUUCUCCCCUCCCCCUGCAAAGAGUAUUCCUGAAGCUCAAGGAGGUCAAAGACUGUCUAGUGGAAGCUUUUAUGGUACCUGAUGCUAGAUAAAUAAAUCUUCUUAGAGGUGAGCACUUGCCAUCCUCUAAAAACACGAUAAAUUCUAUACUUACUGACACAAGUUGCUUUGAGGAAAUAUUUCUGUAUUGGGUAUUUUUUUUUUUAUGCUGGAGAAAAAUAGUUACGUUUCUUUCAAAAGCUUUGUAAAAUGGUAGGAGCUAUUCUGUCUUAAGUCUUUCCUGGCAUUCAUGCUGUUUCAGUUGGGUCAGUCAGAAAUUGGCAGCAAACUUUCAACUUAUAGAUGUUUUUAUGUUCAUUUUCCUUCAUUUUGAAUUUGUGGAUCUUUACCAUUGUUUGGGAUAAGGACUCCUUUCACUAACUCAGUUUUCAAGUAGACUAUGGUAACUCUGAACUGUGAAAUUUUUUAUGUUUUUUCGUUAUUAUUUUUAAAAGUGCUUAAUUGUGAGGAGAAUUUGCUGGUCAACAGGUCUGACAAGUAGAGGAAGGAGUUUGUACUUAAUCUGAAAUGCAGCAGGAGAGGAAUGCCCUUCAAAGCUUUCUAGCUCUUAGGUUGAUAUCCCCCUCCCCCAUCAGUGUUGAAAACAGUUUCUGCAGGGCAUGAAAAACAGGUUUUUAUUUAUGUAAUGUUUCUGUGAAAAUCAACUUUAAAAAUACUAAAAGAAUAACAGCUUUUAGAAAUUCUGAGUUUUGAAAAGCAAGGAUUUGAAUGCUUGGAAGAAAAGCACACCUGCCCACUCAAAUGGGCUGCUGCUUCAUAUGGUCUUAAUAAUAAUGUGGGGGUUUUUUUGUAUAGGCUUCUUAGGUUGCCUGCUAAAGAAGCUUAUCUUAAAUGUCACAGCUGCCUUUUUAAAGUUGCCUGGUAUAAGGAUAUCCUGUAUAAUUUGUUAUCUUAACUGCUCAGAGUAGUUGCAAACAGCUGAGGGACCUACAAUUGUCAGAUGAAUUCUUGCCUUGUAACUGAUGGGGAAGUGCUCCUUGUUUCAAGACAAGUGAAAUACUUGUGACCUGUGCAAUCGAUACCAUUUGUUGAAACAUGCAUAUACUAAGUGAUGUUGUAAAUGACAGACCUUCUGAGGAUUAUGAGGAGUUAUUUCCUGUGGGUAUUGGGAAAUUGUACUCUCUGCCUAGGUGGGUAGGCUGGUGCUCUGGAGAGGAGACUUGCUGAGUCAAAAUGGGUGGGCACAGAGAUUGAGAAUUUCCUUCCAGGAUCAGAAGACAAAGGGACUAAGAGACCUGCAGACAUCCUGGGACAGCACUCAGGUUAGUGAUCUGGGAUAAAUUAUAGAGAGAGGAGUUUUUGUUAUGGUAUGCCUGAAGAAGGCUGAUUGAGGAGGAAGCCUACUACUGGUUGGAGAUUUAAUCUCCUCCAAUCUUAGGUGUGGCUUAACCAUUGUGAGGUAGUAAGGACACUUGUGAUUUCUUCUCUCCUUCCCCAGCCCAUCUCACUCCUUUAUGUGGGUGUGUGCACUCAUACAUGUAUUACUUACAUUCUGUAAGCACUGGAGGAGGAAUACAUACAGCUGUCUGAAAAAUGGCAGCUUUUAGUAGGUUGGGAUCUUGAUCAGAUAAGUGAUUUGUAGAUCUUCCUAUGGCUUGGUUUUACUCAGUGGCUGAUAGUAAACUUGUCUGUUUAGUAAGACCAGGAUGUAGAAAAUAGACACAAGCGAGGAUAACUCUGAAAGGAAAUAUUGAUUUAUUUGCUUCAAAAGUGAUGAAAAACGCAGCUGUAUUUAGGAAGAAAAGGGCUGUUGAACUAUUCCACCUGGAAGAAUGCAGCCUAAUGACUUUUGAUUUGACAAUCUCUCUCUCUCUCUACUGCAAGUGCUGGGUGAGCAAAAUGAUGAAAAAUACCUCAAUCCUACUGGUUUCCCCUGCUGUCAUGUUUGUUGCUAAACUCUGCCACCAUAAUCCUGCGUGGUUUCUGAGCUGCCUGAGUAACUUUGCGUUGUGGCUGGCAGGGCUUUGUCCAGAGGAAUCCGCCCUGGUGUUCAUGGCCAGCCAUGUGUGUGUUUCCUGACUGUUUUGUAGGUAUUCUGUCGUCUGGGGUGCUCAGACCACCACAAAUACAGUGUGUGCAUCCUGCUCUUUGUGGGGAGACUUCCAUCUCAGCUACGUACAAACCAAGCUUUGAGAAAAAGCUCACUGACUCAAAAAUGAUUUAACUCUUUUGAGUUUAUCUGUGCUCUUUCAGAUGAAAUGACCUAGUGAUUUCACUUGAAUAUUAAAGAGUAACUUCAUUUUAAAAUGCUUCGGUUUUAUAACAAAUAUUUAAAAAAAGUUCUUGGAACUUCAGCUGAAAACGUUGAAAAUGCCUUUGUAAAAACCAAACAUGGAUGGCUUGUGUCUGAAAAGAAGAAGUGUCUGAUACUCAAAUAAUUAAAAUGUCUUGUGUUCUAAAGUUGUUUUAAUAUUUUAACUCAAAUUUUGUGCUUGAUUGAGGGUUUGUAAUAGAUUGUAAAACUGUUUUGUGGUGGGUUUUUUUUCUUGUUUUUUAUUAUUGCACUGAGGCAAAAGAUCAAAAUGCCUUUUUUUCAUCUCAGAAGUAACACUUUCAAACCUGCCCAUUCUCUCCUGCUGCUGCCAGCUCCAUCUGAGCACAACUCUGCACUUUAGUGAGUGUGACCUUGCUGUCGGCUGCUGCAGGUGAACUGGCAGCUGAAAUAAGGUAUUUCCCUGCCUCCAAAGAAGUGCUUCCUCCUUGAGCUGUGUUUUGGGAAAAACAGAGCAACACCUCUCGCCACAGACUGUUCAGAGAGGAGCAGGAUGAGGGACCCAAGCUGUUGGGGACUGUCCUCAGGAAUAAAAGGAGUAAUUUGGGAGGCUGCCAAACUGCCAUUGGUUGAGCAGAUGCAACCAAGAGAGUGAUGUGUUAAAGAAUGUGCUCUUUGCUGUAGCGUAGGCUCAGGAUGGGAGAGGCCCCUCCUCAUGGCUGGGCAUCAGGAUUUUAGUGCUUGUGGAGGAUUGACUUCAGUUUAAAGGCUUUUCUUAAAGGCUUGUUUUGUUUUGUUUGUUUUCUUGUAAAUGAACGACUACUUUUAAGAUAAUUUUGGCAGGCUAAGUCAGAAAAGCAACAAAAAUGAUACCUGUGUGAAAGAUGCUGCUUCCAAGUAAGGGAAUUGAAGCUGUUGUAGCCAAAUUUCUAUUAACAGGAAAAUGUGUACUGUGUGAGCUUUGCUCCAUGAGAGAAAAAUCUGUUGAUUGUAGUUGUCUAUCAGUUGUUCCCCUCACAAUCAGUGGUACAUCUGAGAAUUACUGGUCUGACAUGGGGGAGAGUGAGGCAGUCUUGGAAAUUGUUGCCUAUUGUUGAAGAUGUUGCCUAUUUUUUAAGAUGUUGAAAUUGUUUUUACAUGUAUCCCUUAGGAGUUUCAAGCAGCACGAAAACUCCCCUUUCAGAAUCUGCUGAAGUGACAGUGCUCUGUUUGAAGGAGAGAGCAGCUUUCCCCAGGAAUUGGAUUAUGCUGAGAUUUAUGGGAGGACCAGAUGUACUUACUACUUAGAUUAACACAAAAAAAAAAAAAAAAAAUUCAAAAGCCACAUAGAGAAACUGGGUUCAAGCAUUCAUUCAAACUCUGAAUGAUACCUGCAGUUUUAGUUUACUUUAUUACCUGCUUUCCUUAUCUCAUUUUAGUUUCAAAACAAGCCGUGAGUCACACAUUCUUGUUCUAAAAGCUAAGUUGGAAGACCCUGGGGCAGGCUCGGCAGGGUUCUGCUGUGCCACGAGAGGGCAUUUUUUGUGCCAACUUUGCGACUGUUAAGGAAUAAAUCUACUUUUUACAUGUCUCACUUCAUAUUAGUCUUGAAAAGCAGUUGAAAUCAUGCAUCUUUUCUCUAAGCUCCUUAGUUUCAUAACUAAGAACAGGUUUAGAUCUUGAUUUUCUUAGAUAAUGUGGGGUUUUUGAAUGAUUUCUGUAAUUAGAGAAAGCCUGGGAAUUCAGACUAGAAUUGUGGUACAUUUGGAGUUUUGUGUCUGGUGAAGUUUAUUUAAAUGAUCUGCCUAGUAUUAAUGACAUUGAAGAAAAUAACUAUGCUAGAACUGUUUUUCCUUUUAGGACCAGUAACUUAAUGUGGUUCGAUGUGGGAGAUUGUGACAGUAAGAACAGUGUAUCCUUCUCUUUUGUUUAUACGGCAUAUGAGGCCAGCAAAACCAGAGGCAGUGUACUAGAAACACAGCAACAUCCCGUACUUUGAAUAUUGCGAGGUAUCAUUACGCAAACAUUUUAAUAGAGUUUGCAUUUAAUCACCGAAGAUCAGCACUAUUGUAAACGGCAGGAAAAAAGCUUCACUUGCCAUUUCACUGGGAGCUGCUCCCCGCUUGCAAUGGGAUGAGGCACUGCUGUUUUAGGUGAGCCCUGGAAGAGCUGGGGUGUCUGCAUGGGAUUGCUCCAUGGCGUGCCUGGGACGUGCGUGUGCCUGUUCCCUGGGAGCGUGCGUCCUGCCAGCAGCACGGAGCAGUCCUGGCGUGCUGUCCUCAAGCCAUAAUCAGCAGACCACGUCAUUUAGACAUCCUGUGACAGGACAGGUUUCUCCAGAAAAUAUUGAAUUUAUUUUGCGAGAAGAGCAGAAUUCAUCUAUGUCCAACCAACAAAUAAACCAAAGGCCUUCAAGCAUGGUCAGUGAAACAUCCACUGCAGUAACUACGUCUGCUGUUGAUACAAAACCUAGCUCUAAGGUUGUGAAGACUGGAAACAAAGUUCACAGCUUUGGAAAGAGGGAACAAGCGAUCAGGAGGAAUCUCAAUGUUCCUGUGAUAGUAAGAGGCUGGCUGCACAAACAGGAUAGCUCUGGAAUGCGAUUAUGGAAGAGACGAUGGUUUGUGCUUGCUGAUUACUGUUUGUUUUAUUACAAAGACAGCAGAGAAGAGUCUGUUCUGGGGAGCAUCCCAUUGCCUAGUUAUGUAAUAUCUCCAGUUGGACCUGAAGAUCGAAUAAAUCGCAAAUUUUCUUUUAAGGCUGUUCACACAGGUAUGCGGGCAUAUAUUUACAACAAGAAUUCUGUGAUUGGCUCUCAGGCAGAGCACACGGGGAUGCGGACGUACUACUUCAGUGCUGACACCCAGGAGGAUAUGAACGCCUGGAUCCGGGCCAUGAACCAGGCUGCCCUCAUGCAGACACGCUCCUCACUGAAGAGGGAAACUGAAAAAGUGGAUCAGCAAGCUGUUCCCCAAGUCAAUCAUGUGGAUGCCUGCAAAGAGUGUGUGAAGGCAGAGAUUACAGACACAAAAGAAAGUUAUCAGAAAUCAGCUGAAAAGCUUGGAUAUGAUAAGCGUGAAGAGAUAAGAAGAGAAAAGGAGGAGGAGGAGCGUCACAUCCACAGAAAAGAAACUCUGGAAACCAAAAAGGGAAAGUCUAAGCACGCGUUAACAGAAGCUGAUUCAUUAUUUCCAGACUUAACGAAUUCAUCGUGGUCCCAAGUAGCUCAGCCUCAACCAGCUGAGAAGAAUGGAACGCUUCCUAACUCAUUAACUAUGAGUGCUGGCCUAGUGGAGCAGAAUGGUACUGGCUCAUAUAAAAGAGGGUUUGUUCCCAGAACAAAUCCAGAUAAGCAGUUUCAAAGGAAAAGUAACAUGGCUCAAGUGGAGCACUGGGUAAAAGUCCAGAAAGGAGAUACAAAAAGCCUCACUUCUGAUCAGACUCUUACACGUCAGGGUCCCAAUCCUCCUUUUCCUGAGAACUAUCACACUUUGCCAAAGAAUACCAGGCAGCCUUCAGGGAGCUCACCACCACCAAACCGCAAUUUGCCGAGCGACUACAAAUAUGCACAAGAUCGUGUAAGCCACUUGAAGAUGUCCCAGGAAGAGAGGAAAGCAAAUAAGGAUGGAACUGUUUGGCAGCUCUAUGAGUGGCAGCAGAGACAGCAGUUCAAACAUGGCAGCCCCACGGCCCCGCUUUAUGUAGGUUCUUCAGACUUUAUGGAUCGUGCUAAGUCAAAAAGUUCAUUAGAUGUUCCACGAUCAAUAUCUGUUCCACCCUCUCCAUCUGAUAUUCCUCCACCUGGACCUCCAAAGAACUUUCUCCCACGGAGACCACAUACUCCUGCAGAAAGGCUCACAGUUAAACCAUCUGAUGAGAGACAGACUGUGGAUGUUCCUUUUGCUGGAUCCCCCAGGAAGAUUCGGAAUCGUGCUGUAAAGAGCUCCACUCACCUGGAUCGCCGCUCCAUGCCUGCCAUGGGCUACAUGACGCACACGGUGAGCGCGCCCAGCUUGCACGGCAAGUCGGCGGAUGAUACUUACAUCCAGUUGAAAAAGGAUCUGGAGUAUUUGGAUCUAAAGGUGACAGGACGUGACACGUUGAAAGAAAGAAGUACAAAACCUGUCAAGAUUGCAGAAAGCGAUAUUGAUGUGAAACUAAGCGUUUUCUGUGAGCAGGACAGAAUUCUGCAGGACUUGGAGGACAAAAUAAGAGCCCUUAAGGAAAAUAAAGAUCAGCUGGAGUCUGUUUUGGAAGUUUUACACAGGCAGAUGGAUCAGUACAAAGACCAACCACAACACGCAGACAAAAUAUCUUAUCAGCAGAGACUUUUGCAAGAGGACCUGAUACAUAUUCGGGCUGAAAUAUCCAAAGUUUCAACGGAAAUGGAAAAUGCCUGGAAUGAGUAUCUGAAAUUAGAAAAGGAUGUGAGCCAACUGAAAAAAGCCUUACAGGAGCAGAUGAACAGUUCAUUGUUAUCUCAGGAGAAAACACAAAUACAAAAAGACUUAUGGAGAAUUGAAGAUGUUACAGCUGGCUUGAGUGCAAAUAAAACAAACUACAAAACCAUAGUAGACUCUAUAAAGAAUCCAGAGAGAAAAACAGUGCCUUCAUUUUCUCAGUCUUCAGUGCCUUCCUUACCAGCUUCCCUUGCUGCUGUGGAGAGCAAACUUUCAGUCCCGCAGAGCCCUCCACGCAGUCCGGUUAAAUCCCCUCUGGAGGUCAGGCUGUAUCCACAGCCUUAUUUCCAGACCAGGACACAGCACCAAGCACAGCAGCUGAAAAAAAUCGAGCCACCUCUUCAGUCACCAGUAAAGCUCAAGCCAAAGGUUGAAGAUGAAGCACCGCCCAGACCUCCUCUCCCUCAGCUGUACAGUCCUGAGGAUCAGCCACCAGCUGUCCCACCCCUCCCGAGAGAAGCCACUGUCAUCAGACACACCUCGGUGCGGGGCCUGAAGCGUCAGUCAGACGAGAGAAAGAGAGACAGGGAGCUUGGCCAGUAUGUGAAUGGAGAUUACAGGGUGGAACUGCGUUCAUACGUGAGUGAACCAGAGCUAGCAAUGAUAGGAGGUGACCUCAACCUCCCUUCCAGUGCUUUAAUAAGCCCUGACAGUGGAUACCAGACAUUACCUACCCGUGGUUUGUCUGGAUCAACUUCCAGAUUGCACCACUCAUCCACCAUUUCAUCGUUUGCAACACUUCGAAGGGAUAGGUCCAAGGAGAGACCAAAGAGUGCCUUGGAACGUUUAUACUCUGGAGACCACCAAAGAGGCAAGAUGAGUGCAGAGGAGCAGCUAGAAAGAAUGAAGAGACAUCAGAAGGCAUUAGUGCGGGAACGCAAGAGAACUCUUAGCCAAGGAGAAAGGCAGCCUGUUUCAUCUCGGUCUUUCAUCAGGCCCGUGUCUGCAGACGUAGGCUCAUGGAAACGAGAGCAAGAAUUUGAUUUGCAGUUACUUGAGAGGGCAAUUCGUGGAGAAGACAAGGAUGAAAAUGAAUGGUUAAAAGUUCAGCCAGUAGCAGUGACAGAGACAGACCUGGAGCCUCAAGACUAUGAUUUAGAUAUCAGCAGAGAGUUGUCAAAACCUGAGAAGGUUGUAAUUCCAGAACGUUAUGUUGAACUGGAGCCAGAAGAGCCUCUUUCUACAGAAGAACUGGCGGCAAGGCAGCGUAAAGCAGAAAAGAUAAAGAAUAUUCUUACUAAAUCAAGUAUGCACAACCUGCAGCCUACUGUUGCCCAGGACAAACACAACUCGAUUGAUUUAGAUUCACAGCUGCAGGAGCAGGAGCGCAUCAUUACCAUUUCAUAUGCUCUGGCUUCUGAAGCCUCUCAGAGGAGCAAGGAGGUAGCAGCUCAGCAGCUGACCUAUCCACCCAAAGCACCCUCACCUUCUGUACCACAGCCACCUCACUCCCCCUUAAGCAAUGGAUUUCACUACACAUUUGUUUAAACACCUUCCAACCAAAGCAGUAAGUGAACACUGACAUGAGACUCCAGUCAAGUCCUGCUUUGCGACACCGUAUGGAAGACAGAGGAGAUUCUUUUCCAGGUUUCUGUGGAGAUACUCAUUGGCUGAUGACAUCUUCUUCUGGAAAGACAUUCAGAGAAUGAUAGGGGGAUUUUCUAUGAAAAUGAAGAGAACUGCAGAUCAUUUUUUAUUUACUUCAGUUUAGUUCACACUUUUUAUACAAAUAAACGGCACUUUUAAUAAACCCUGUAAAAUACUGACAAUGUAUUUUUAGAACUAUGUACUUUAGAUUUUUUUUUUAAAUCAAGGGCUGAAUUAAAUUUAAAAUACACUUCUUGCAUAGAUACUAAAAGAUGCUGUUACUUCCCCCUUGGGCUCAGAUGCACAUUGUAAAGUUCUGUGAAAAAAAACCCUGCAAAUUUGAGCAAACCUAGAAGCACAUUGAUAGGGUAUGGAUAGAGCUAACAUGGGUGACAGGUUUGGUGAAAGGAUGUGUCAGAUUGAAUAUUUUUGUAGAGUUAAUCACCCACCUUUUUGCCCAUUAAAUAAGCCAUUGCAAGAACUGUUAGCUUGAAUUUCUAAAUAUUAGUAACCACUGUAUAGCUGAAAUUUCCCAAGAAAGCCACAACAAAAGCCAGUUUUAACUCCCAUUUUUUUGAGAUCCCAGAGGAUUAACUUGCUGGUAUCAAUACACAGUUUGUUAGGUUGCCCUUGGCAGUAGUGCUGCCCCUCUGUAAUAAACAGCUAACAAUUUUUAAUUUUUUUUUAAAGUUGAGAUUUGGAAGAAGAUGAUUUUUAAUUAAAAUAUGUGAAGUAAGCAAUAAAUAUUAUAAUGUGUAAUUUGGCUAGUAAAUACAUAUUUUUCUCCUGAUUUUUUGUUUUCAAUAGACAUUACAAUAUGACGUACUGACUAGUAUGUGUCCUGGAAACAGCAAAACUAUCGGAAUGUGGCACCUGCUAAUUUUGUAUGUAUGUUCACCUGGUGCUUAUCUUUGCCAAACUUUGAAAUUCUGUGCUGUACUUAUGCACAGGGCAAAGGGUGAGGUGGCUAAAAUAAGGAGAAAAUAAGGUUAAAUGAAUUGCUGCAACUAUACUUUAAAAAAACUUGUGUAUGCAUCAAAUGCAAGACAUACAAAAACUUCCCAAUGUUAUGUAAUAAGUAGCUGAGUUCAGGUCUGGAUGAGAAAUAACUGAGAAAUACUUCUGCAGUAUUUUGUGAAACCACUAACUCGUUUAUUCCCUGUAUACAAGUAGAAGCUAAAAACUCCUUGGAAUUGUCCUUUGUGUUUCAGACUUUAAGACAAAUCAUAUUAUAUUAACACUAUACGCAGAAAUAUUCUUAAAAGUAUAUAUUUAGCUAAUGCAAUCUAUUUUACCUCAAUACUGCCAGUAUCAACUUCAAAACCUUUUGCCAAAAUAAUGAUUUAUUUUUGCCUUUAUAAAAAAGUUUUGAAAGCAUAAAUAAAUAUUUUGCAAGAAAACAUUAAUUUAAAUAAAGUGUAACAGUUUGGAAAAUGGUAUAUGUACAGAUUAAAAUAUUAACAUAACUGCC